CUCAUUCAAGCCCUCUUUCACAUGUUUCAUAUGUUUUCAGUUAUAAAGGACUGAAAACAGAACGUGAUCGAUCUCUCAUCAAACAUUUUUCUGUAGUGUCCUGUGAAGUGAAAUGUUUUCCACAAACACAUGCAAACCUCUUUCAGUUAGCAUUAGCUUGUUUUUCGAUUUCAGCCGUAAUACCGAAGGCAGUCGAUUGCCAACGCGAUGCUCCAACAUGUGUUUUGCCAUCUCCUGCCAUAUUCAUCUGUUUAGGUUUUGUUUUCCAAAGCAGACAUCUGGGCCUCGUGCCUCACAAUGAGUCAAACACCGCAGAAGCAUGCACACAACAGCACUGAUGCUCCUUCAGUUACAGGACACAGUCUAGUAGCACCAGUUAUUUACAUUGUGGUAUAAUGUCAUUGCGUGAUGCAAUUGCACGCAUACAGGAUCAUAUGCACACACAUCCAGAACUGCUCGGUGGUUUUCCUCCGCCUGUGUGAUGCUGGAUCUGCUUUAUUUUCCACGACACUGGCAACGGGUUGUAAUGACGCUGGAGUGUAGCCUCAGCAUAAGAAGUGGCUUUAAACACAAGUAUAGGCUGCAUCAUUCAACGUCAUUUGCUAUUUCACAUUUGGUCGUGUGAGAACUUACCAAGUGCAAAUCAACGGCGCCAGCUUUAAUUUGCCUGUUCUUGUUCGUUUGUGCUGAAAGUGGUCAGGCCUGAUCGUGGUUUGCGUGUGUAUGUGUGUGUGUGCAUGCCUGUUUGUAACAUACAAAGUAAGAAGGAAAACACUCUUUUUGUUUCUAAUUCAAAGUGGCCCCAUAAAAUAAUAAGCAAUGUAAUGCUACAACAGCACAGAUGUUAUGCCUUUUAUAUGAAGUGGUUUUCUCUGCCAGAAGGGUAUAUUCACAUAAAUAUACACAUAUAUUUCACAUAAACGGGAGCGUUAAAACAGCAGCUAAUUUGCACAGUAAGUAUUACUGUGAGCGCUGCAAAAAGAUUGAAAGUUGAUCAUAUCUGUCAGUAUAUUUAUAGGUACAUAUUUAUUAUAUAGUAUUUGUAGACAUAUGGAGCUUAUCUAAAGCUUUUUAUCAGUAAAUGAUGUCUUCUUUGAGCCCAUGGAUGUGUACUUCGUUGCUGUGAGGGAUUAAUGGUGUGCAAAGCCUGUUGGAAUAAUGAAAUGGCUCCUAUGGGCAUUCACACGUUGCUGUUUUUUUAACCUCGUGUGUAUAAUGAUGAUUAAUCCAUUUGUGUCCAUAAUUAUCAUUGACUGAAUAAAAAGAGGGUGAUUAAACAAAGCACUUUCAUCAGCCACUGGGAUCUGAACAUUUGGGUCAGUCAGAGCUAUAUUUGUGCUUGAGGUGAUGAUAAUGGAAAUAAGGAAAAAUGAAUGAGGAACAAACUCGUGUUGAACAGCAAGUGGAAGAUAUUGAAGGAGCUAUCUGUAUUUCGCCUGUGUCCCUUGGUUUCAUGUUGUCCAAGUUGACAUUCCAGAGGAGCAGGGUAAUGUUGUUGUUCUUUAUGAGGUCUGCUGAUUCUCACUAGCUAGUUAUGAACAGUUCUGGUCCGCAGAGCAGAAAAUCUCAUCACUGCGCAUAUUUGCAUGGAUCCUGUAACAUAUUGGCAUAUCUGCAAGAAUCUGUAACAGGAAAAGGCUGGGAAAUAUGAUACUUUGAAGACGAUCCAUAAGGGAAAUCACUGUGCAGUGAAUUCAUGGUGAUAACAAUAAGCUGCCAUGGUGAGAACAGGAUCACCAAUUGACUAUGUGCAGUUUCAUCACAGUAUAUCACUUUAUAUCAUAUGCAUUCAUUUAUGGUUGGCAUGUGCUCUAAUUUAUAGCUAACAGUCAUGGUAAAAGGCUAUGUAAACAUCUGACCAUACUGUACAUCAUUUUUAUUGUAAUAUACUGUGCAUCAUCCCCACAGAACAUAUCCAACCCAAUCAUCCACAUUAUUGUGCAUUUCUUCUAUUAAACACUGCCAAAUGCAGUGCACUGCCUCAGCUAUUUCAUGAAAUCCAGCCAUAUGGCUUUGAUAUCAGUGGAAAAUGUGACUGUAGGCCUUCAGUGCUCUCCAGUCCAUCCCUGCCUCGCUUCUUGUUCUAAAAUAUGCAUGACAAUGGUGAGCCUUUUACAAAAUCCGCUCAUGCUGGCCAACUUUUCCAGCUGAGGAUCUCUGACCCUAGCUUAGCCGCUGACAGCCGUCCCAGGAUGUCUCCAGUCAGCAGAACCUCAGGUGUCUGUCAGCAGAGGUGAGACAGGAAAAAGCUUCAGACUUCACGUGGUAAUAUCUGCAUGGAGACAGAAUCUGGAUGGAAGUGUAUUCCCCUCCUUCCUCCACUGAGAGCUGGCCUGCUUCACAGAGUGACUCACCGUUCAGCCAUGCAACAAACAGGGAUGCUUAUCCCAACUUAAAUCUGUCCGUUCAGUGUCAAGUUUUCUGCUGUGUCAGCUCUUGUGAACUUUCAGAGUGGUUAAAACAUGACAUUAACCAUGUUGACAUCAUGUUAGCCUUCAGUCUUGUGGCUGAGCAAUUUGUCCAUCCUCUGGGCCCUGGUUACUGUGCGACUCUGCUCCUCCACCACCCUUGACUUAUUGGAACAGUAAAGCAGGAUUUAUAGUUGACUCAAGGGAUUAACAGGAAUCCCACUAUGGAUACAGUGUAGAUUUUGUUUUAUACUUCGGCAUCCGAUCUCUCCCAUUCAUAUCACCAUCACAUCGCUAUAGACGUGUAUUUAAUUGGCCUGUAUUCCCCAUACUAACUGUGCUUUCAUUCUUUCAUUUACUUUAUGAUACAGAGAGAGAUCCUGCACAUCUCUCACACACACAGUUAGAGGACAGGAGUCAUGGCAGGGUAACCUGUAAAAUUAUUUUGCCUUGUCAGGUUACUGAAUGGGAGACUUUUGUAUUACUGAAAAGGAGAAGACUACUUAUCUCUUAUCUAGUCUUUUAUCUAACUUCCUUAAUCGUGUCUUCAUUCUCAACACCUCCACCUCAACAUUCAUACUUUUGAUUGCAGAUAGAAGUCCCAGCCAUUCUACAAAGAAACUUCUUUUAGGCUGCUUGUAGCUGCCAUAUCAUUCUUUCACUAUGUUCUCAAAACUUGUGACCAUAGCUCAAGGAUAGAACAUUGGGUUUUCCGAUGAAGUGAGUGUUUUACUUUGUCGCACUUUUGCUCAUGUUAGUGCAUGCUCCUCUUUGCAGCCCCAAGAUGUUUUGGUGUGCUAGACAGCAACAUCAUGAGAAACCAGCUCAUGUCCAAUUUGGCCAGAGCCUUUGUAUUAAAGAUGUUUGUUACGCGCAGAGAAACCACUUUACAAACCAUGGCCUGUUUGCUACUAUAGCAGAUGCACUCUGGAUGCAGUUGAACAGCUGUAAAAUUACCAGAUGUUUGCAUGUGCUCUCGUUUAGUGUGUAUAAUGUGUCAUGGCUUCAGGGUUGACAUGUCAUAUCUUUUGUGAAGCCUUUAGUUUUGAAUCAGUCUCAUUGUUUGACAGGGAGCCACGUAGCCUGUUAUAAUAGCUGUGUAUUGUAUAAAUUUUGUACGGUUCAUUCCUCUUCCUGCUAAAGACUCAACCGCAUUACUUGGCCAGUGUCCACUGUAUAGAUUUACUUUCUCUCUGUUCUUUGGGCUGAUCUGAACUUGGUUUUGAUAGUAGUGGUUUGGACCACAUUUACCAACUUUGGUGGUUAAGGCAACCUGAUCUUGAUAUGUGCUUGUAGAGCAGCUAUUGUGAUUACAGCAAUCUAUGGAAUACUUUAAAAUAUGACUAUUUAAGUGUCACCACUUGGCACAAGGGUAUCAAUCCUGAGCCAGGCUCCUUGUGGACUGUGAGAAAGGAUGAAUGGAGCCAGCCAGUGGGUGGUGGAGACCCUCCCUGGCGGGUACAGUCCAGCCCAGAUCUACCAUGACGGUGCAUUGAUGGCCUCCCAGUGGUUACAUGCAGCUACAAGUUGGGACAGCCUUGUUUCACUGGUCGGGUCUGUCUGGUUUUUGGGCUUGAUGAAUGGUGCGAGAUAAACAUCCAUAGCUUCCACUUGUUGAGCGCUUCCUGUUUGGUGUCGCCCAAGUCCUCUCGUGCAGCCAGAGAGGGAGCAGUGGCGGGACAAAAGUUCACGACUCCCUGAGAAUGACUUCCAGUUAGCCAGCUGGUCAGCCUGGACAGCCAGCCUUUUACAGAACAUUCCUCUUCAUCCAGGCAUAUUUGGAGGAUGAUGUGAUGUUACUUAGGAUGGGUGGGAUUAGACUGUUCGGAAACUGAAAUAUUUGAAACUAAACACUUACUUAACAUUUGACACAUUUCUGUGGAUGCUGUAAUGGCAAUUGCACAAUGAAAACUGUUUUGUUUUCUGUCUUUAUGGGACUACAUUCAGCAUCCUACAGAGACACAAUUGAAUUUUCUAGUGAAGGUUGGCAGCAAACAUGUUUCAUAUAAAAAGAGAAUUUACAGUUUGGCAUCAGUUUAAGGCUUUUUCACUAUCAAAGGGGAUGAUAAAGCUUAGAAGGAGGAAGGAAAUUUGGCAUAGGUAAUGGAAAAAAGUAUUAAACCUUGGCCUCAAAUGUUAGUUUUAUGAAUACUUUAAUUUUAGCGCUUGUCCUUUGGAUGUUGCUGCAUUUUCACUCCAGAUGGAAAUGCUGUGAAAGGCAGCUGCCUCAGCCACAGGUUUCCCUACUGGUUUUGUCAGUACUGCAACUCCCAGUCUCUGGUUGAGGGCUGUACAGCUGCCUCUGUAAUUAGUGAGACAAAGGCUUUUUUGAGUCAGAAAAAGGCUACGUUGGACAACAUACAGUAAAACAGAGAGUAUUGUAAAAGAAGAAGGAUUUGGAUUUUUCUAAACAUUUCAGUAAUAUCACUUGCAUGAUGUAAGGUAAAACUGGGAAACCAGAUCGGCUCAGUUUAAUUAGAUUGAGUCACAGCAUUUGCGAGGCUUUCUUUGGUUAGCAUUUGCAUGCCAUCAGUGAUGUUGUAUCAGCUUGUAGGUGUUGUUUAUUCUGUCUGAGUGUGAUCAGAAGAUUCAUCUUUGGUGAUUUACUUUUAAAACACAAAAUCAAUUUAUGACUCUCAGGUGACUCUCACUAGCAGAUCUUUAUGUGCUGUUGAGGUUUGUCAUAAAGUUGGACUUGGUCUGGCAAAAAGUGUCUAUAGAAAGAACCAAAAGAAAAAGAAACAGAAGAAAAUGAUAGGAGAAAGUAGAAAGAAAGAAGAGUGCAGAUGGAAAAUAUAGUGACUGCAGUUCACAUCGACCAAAACUAACUGAAACACACGGGAAAUAAAUCACCACCAUCUCCCUCCUUCCCUCCCUCCCUUCGCCAGUAUAAGCCCACAUCUGCAUGUUCCUAUGGAGCUGGCAGCCAUAUUUCACCCCAGAGGACGUCCCAACAGCACAGGGCUUUAUGUGUGAUGUACAUGAGGCCAGACGUUUCCUGGAAAGCACAUUCAGCUCCUCCUCAAGAAAAAACAGGUCAAAAAUUAGUCCAAAUAUUCAUUGUAGGCAUUGGUUGUGAAUACACUCAGAAAAGUCUGCAGCCUUUUUCCAACUUAGAUAGUAUUCACCUUUCAUUUGCUGGCAUACCGAUAUAUUCCAAAACCAUGGAGUUUACUAAAUCGAUAUUGCAUAUUGGGAUUGCUGAAAAAAGCCUUACAUGUACAAGUCAAAAGCCCACUUGCACAAGGAAUCUAUCAAUUUCCCCAGUCUUGGAGUAAUUUGUGGAGAACGGAGAGAGAGAAGAAAGAAAAAAAAUUUCUCUGAAGUUAAGUGAGCUACGUAAUUUCUACCAUCUGUAGUGCACAUUUCUGCCGCCUUUCUCUCCUCUAAAUGUAAAGUGGCAAGGCAGAACGCAGGGCCCAGCCACAAGACUCAGAGAAUGACAGAGUGGAGAAGAGUGGUCUGCUCCAGGGAGUGGGGGCAGGGGAGGCUGGGACAGUCCUGUUGGCAGGCCUUGCAAGGGGCACAGAGCGGGCUUGUGGCCACUGAACGACUGAUGUCCUGGUGUCACUGGUGCCAGAACCAUCAAUAGGGCUGCUCCUGCCUUCAACUGUGGCUUUGCUUUGGAUAUUCUGUACUACUAGGGUUGCCCUUCACCAUGCUUGACUUUUGCCGGUGGCAGGAGAUAAUCUUGCACCAGUCCAAUCUCUGUUAAUGGCUGGCUGAAUGGGCUUUUGAUUGUGAUUAUAUUGAAGUGGUAGUCAGCAGUAAUGUUGAACCAUUUAAUACCCAGCAAUCCUGGUGACUUUGUCCUUGUGAAGCCAACCACGUGUAGUGAUUUAGGAGCACUUCCUGAGACACUCCACUAGUUUCCAUUCAUAAAUUUCUAACCAUAACUUAACACGGUUGGCAGAAAGGGGAUAUCUCAUUUCCCUUAUUAAUUUACUCAUUAACAGUUUUGAGUGUGGAGUUCCUCCUUCACUGCACUUGCUGACAACCUCAGCACACGUAGAGGACUUCAGCCAUGACAGCUGCUGAAGAGCAGGGGGCAAAUGACAUGGACACUGCCCUCUUUUAUGAUAUUGACCCUUCCUAAGCAGACCUGGUUAAUAGCUAAUGCCACUUUUCUGAACCUGAGAACUUCUCAUCUCAGCAGUUCCCAGAGUGCGGCUUCUUCGGCAUGUAUGACAAGAUCCUGCUGUUCCGCCACGACUUGAACCACGAGAACAUCCUGCAGAGGCUGACCUCGGCAGAAGACAUCCAUGAAGGAGACCUCAUUGAGGUGGUGCUCUCUGCCCAAGCCACUGUUGAAGACUUCCAGAUCCGACCCCAUGCCCUUUAUGUCCACUCCUACAAGGCCCCCACCUUCUGCGACUACUGUGGGGAGAUGUUAUGGGGUCUCGUCCGGCAGGGGCUCAAAUGUGAAGGAUGUGGGCUAAACUAUCAUAAGCGCUGCGCAUUUAAGAUCCCAAAUAACUGUACUGGUGUAAGGAAGAGACGAUUGUCUAAUGUCUCACUGCCCGGACCCUCCCUCUCUGUCCCCCGGCCGGCUCCUGCUGAAAAUGCCGUGGUCGUCCUGGAUGAGCAGAGGUCGCAUCAGGAGGCAGGGAAGCGGAUCCUGUCCUGGAGCGGUAGGCCUAUCUGGAUGGAGAAGAUGGUGCUGGGACGGGUUAAGGUGCCACACACAUUCGCCAUUCACACUUACACUCGUCCGACUAUUUGCCAAUACUGCAAGCGUCUUCUCAAGGGUCUGUUUCGCCAGGGCAUGCAGUGCAAAGAUUGCAGAUUCAACUGCCAUAAGCGAUGUGCUUCAAAGGUACCUAGAGACUGUUUGGGGGAGGUGGACUUCAAUGGAGAACCGGCAAGCCCUGGUCCAGACUCUGACACGACCAUGGACACUAUGGAGGUGGACAGUAGCGACAUGGAUGGCAGCAGAGGACUGGAUGACCCGGAGGAACCCUCCACCCCAGAUGAGAGGAUGUUUGACAUGGAUUCUCCCUUCUUGGAUAGAGAAAAAGACGAAGAGCCUAUUAAGACUAUAAGCCCUUCCACUAGCAGCAACAUCCCUCUGAUGCGAGUGGUCCAGUCCAUUAAACACACCAAGAGGCGUAGCUCCACCGUGGUGAAGGAGGGCUGGAUGGUUCAUUAUACGAGCAGGGACAACCUGAGGAAGAGACAUUACUGGAGGCUGGACAGCAAGAGCCUGAGUCUCUUCCAGAAUGACACCGGAGCCAAGUUUUACAAAGAGAUCCCUCUGUCUGAGAUCCUCCAGGUGGAGCAGUCCAGAGACUUCAGUAAUCUGGCCCAGGGCAGCAACCCACACUGCUUUGAAAUCAUCACAGCCACCAUGGUCUACUAUGUAGGGGAGAACAACUGCAGUCCCUACCACAGCCCUGCACUUGCCGCCUCAGGAGUUGGCAUGGAGGUGGCUCAGGGCUGGGAGAAGGCCAUCAGACAGGCCCUGAUGCCCGUCACCCCGCAACCCAGUGUGGCCAGUGCCGCCGGCCAGGGCAAAGAUCAUAAAGAGCUGUCCAUCAGCAUAUCUGUGUCCAACUGCCAGAUCCAGGAGAAUGUGGAUAUUGCCUCAGUGUACCAAAUAUUCUCUGAUGAGGUGCUGGGAUCAGGGCAGUUUGGCAUCGUAUACGGAGGCAAACACAGAAAGAGUGGCAGAGAUGUGGCCAUCAAAGUUAUUGACAAGAUGAGAUUUCCCACCAAGCAAGAGAGCCAGCUGAGGAACGAAGUGGCCAUAUUACAGAAUCUGCAUCACCCAGGCAUCGUCAACUUAGAGUGUAUGUUUGAGACGCCAGAGCGGGUGUUUGUUGUCAUGGAGAAGCUGCAUGGCGACAUGCUGGAGAUGAUUCUGUCCAGCGAGAAGAGCAAACUUCCUGAACGAAUCACCAAGUUCCUCGUCACGCAGAUCCUAGUGGCCUUGAGACAUCUGCACUUCAAAAACAUUGUUCACUGUGACUUGAAGCCUGAGAAUGUACUACUGGCCUCUGCAGAGCCCUUUCCUCAGGUAAAGCUCUGUGACUUUGGCUUUGCCCGAAUCAUCGGCGAGAAGUCGUUCCGGCGGUCUGUGGUGGGCACUCCAGCUUAUUUGGCUCCAGAGGUGCUGCGCAGUAAAGGCUACAACCGCUCUUUAGACAUGUGGUCAGUAGGAGUCAUUGUGUACGUUAGCCUGAGCGGGACAUUCCCCUUUAAUGAGGACGAGGACAUUAAUGACCAGAUCCAGAAUGCUGCUUUCAUGUACCCCCCUACACCUUGGAAGGACAUCUCAGCAGAGGCCACAGAUCUGAUCAACAAUCUUCUGCAAGUCAAGAUGAGGAAGAGGUACAGCGUGGAUAAGUGUCUCAGCCAUCCGUGGUUACAGGACUAUCAGACAUGGCUGGACCUCAGGGAGUUUGAGACGCGACGAGGCGAGCGCUACAUCACCCACGAGAGUGAUGAUGCACGUUGGGAGGAGUACGCCGACGAGCACAGUCUCGUUUACCCCAAACAUUUCAUCAUGGCUCCCAACCUGGAUGACAUGGAGGAGGACCCCUAGUGGCAGACGACACUUACUACACCACAUGUAUUAAGGACAUUGUCGCUUAAGAUUGUCGCUGGGACUUGUUUCAUGAAGCUUUGGGGAGUGGCAGAUUUUCCCUCCUGAACUGUUUGUUGUGGAAACAGAGAGAAGCUGAUCAGGCAGAGAGUCGCCCUCCACAGGCUUUAAAAGUGAGGAAAACCCGACAGCGUGUGUAGCACGAUGCACUGCUACAAGGAGCAUGCAGAUGGAGGUGCGUGCCACAGAAACGCAUUAAGAAACUGUCAGGAGACAAGAGUGUUCCUCUUCUUUUUGCACAAUAUCAAAACAUUCCAUGGAUUUGCUCAAGUUUGGAUGAACUUUGAAAACAAACACAAACCGUCACACACAAGGUGAACUUGAUAGUUUAGAUAUUCACACAAUUUUGGAUAACUUUGAGUAAUAAUAUGACUCUGAUCUUUAUGGAAGAUAAGAGAUGAGAGAGAGAAAGAGAGCACGUACCCCAGGAGUAAAGGGCACUUUUCACAAGGGAUUUACAGUCAGAGAAUUUAAAACACAGGAGUUUUAUUCUCAUUCCUGAACUGUUUGUGAGACUGUCCUUUGACAUCAAACUGGAACUAUCACAUAUGUUUGUAUUUUUUUUUAAAGUAUUUUGUAAUUGUGGUAGAGUUUUGCACUAUAUUACAAUUGAAUAGAGCAAUUGAAUAGAAACACUAUUUGCUGCUACAGAAAGCAAACAGUUUUCGAGUGUCCAGUUUAAGCAGUGAUAUUCAGCAGGAAGUUGAUGCAGCUCUCACAGAAUUGGCUGCUUUGUCAUCAUUUAUUUUGGGCACACUUCAACAAGUUUUUUCAACCAACAUGUUGUCAGAGUUUGAUCUGUUAGUGGCAGCUAAUAGUGUGCAAGUUUUAUCAACUUUCCCCUGGAGUGUUUGGCCAACAGACCCCGAGCAAAUAUCUUAACAAAAAACAUUUGUUUCUGUGUUUUCAAACCUUUUUCUAAGUUGACAUUGUGAAUUUGUUCAGUGCUACAAGACCGUGACCCUGAACUGUCAGUAAAUGCAAUAAUGGAGCCAAUUUUUUUCUGGUCAACGUGAGGCUUAAGCAGCACAGACUCCAUGUUGGAGGAUCAUGUUGUGUGUCUUUCUCUGUACUAUCGCAGUAUUCUUGAAUGUGACUUUUUAAGCACACUGAUUCUGGAAUAUGUGUUGUAUGUCGUUGUAUCGACCUAGGUUCUACAUAGAACAAAUUAUUGGUGUUAGUUUCACUAUGUUGAUUAUGUUGUCUGGACCAUUUCAACAGCCAUUGUGUCUGGACUGUGGACAUAGUAGAAACUAGGUAUGAUUUGAUUCAUGUGGGAGUUUAUAGCAUUACGGUUUUGUAGUUUGCUCUGUCGGUGUGUUUUGGGAGUACUUUCCUGUUCCCUUUUGUCCUCUUCCUGUCUUUUGUUGCCGCUGGAUUGGCAGGUGUCACUGUUUUGUAUAUUUCAGUACAUAACAAUGGAAUAAAAACCCAACUUCUCACCUGAGAAUGAA